GACGGGAGGCCUGAUGGCGGCUGCAGCUCCUCGCAGGGAACGGAGGGCAGCGCUGAGCUCUGUUGCGACCAACAGCAGAACCCAAUAGGACGGCAUGAGCUGCACCGGAGGAGGGUCGUGUUGGAUGUGGAAAAGGUUGUUCACCAGAGGGUGGUCAUGCACAGGAACAGCCUCUCCAGCGCGCUGGUCAUGGCACCGAGCUUGCUAGAGUUCAAGAAGCAUCUGGACAACGCUCUCAGAGUGCGCUCUGGCUUUGGGAUGGUUCUGCGCGGUGCCAGCAUUCAGUCUGGAAGAUCCGUACGGCGCCCUUCCGACUCGGGAUGUUCCGUCGUUCUAUGGCUGCACCCUCCUACAGCGCAGCCACAAGAUGGCGGUGUGCAGCCGCCGCCCAGCGCAGCCCGCCCGAGCGGAACGCGCCCGCUCCCCGGGCAACCGCCCCACGCGCCUCCUACCCGCCGGGCGCGGCGGCCAUGAGGGCGGCCAACAGCCAGCAGCGGGCGGGGGCGGCCGAGGAGUCGGACGGCGAUGGCAGCAGCGAGACGGCGGGAGGCGGGCAGCCCCGGAAGAACUUUCUGUACGUUGAGCCAUGUAAGAGAGUUAAAGAGAUCCUCGAAGAAGAGCUCUGCUUUUGGAAAGAAGAAUGCCACAUUAGGCAUCCAGCUGCAGCGGCUCUGAAAGGAAUUUGGAGUGUGAAAAAGAAUUUCUCCAUCAGAGGCCUGCAACCAGCAUCGCAGAACAGAAAUGGCUUACUUUUACAACCUCAGAUCUACUCAAGGCAUGUAGGAAUGAAAAAGUGAUUCUAAGUUCCAGCAGAAAAAUCAUAACGUAGUUGAAGAGAUGCCUUAACUUUUCUCAACAUGCAUUAAGCUCAGCAAUUCCUGGGCCGAGAGUUUGUGAUUCAGUAAUCGAGCUCGACUUAAUAAAAGUUUAACAUAAAUAA